UUGUAAUUCAUCACAAGUGUUCUAAAAGGCCUCAAAAGGCUCCGAUACGCGCGCGGGCCUUGGCGUGAGGUGUGAGUAUAACGCCUCGCCUACCCGAUAGGAGAGGGCAGAGGCGCGGCAAAGGCGCUGCAAGUCUGCAACUUGAUCUAGUAUGGUGAAUUAGAACGCUUUUCUCCCACCGGUGUGGGACUAAGAAUGGGAACGGAGGAACAAAAAAUCCGUAGUAAUUCAUAAUGCAUCUCGCCUACCGGUGUGGGAUAGAGAAUGGAACCAAUAUACGAUCAUACCUGGGUAACAGGAAGAGAAGCAGAAACAAGCUAGAAGUUUUACAUCAUCUUAUUCUGAAGCUUCAGCUCUUUCUGUUGGCUAUAAAAGGAAAAUGUUCUGCAAAAACUGUCAUAUGACAAACCACAAUGUGGAAAACUGCUUUAAGAUUUAUGGCUACCCACCUGGUGCUAACAAGAAAAAUAACUAUGAGCAUGGAGGAAGAGGUGGUAGAGGUGGAAAAUCCGGAAGAGGUAGAGGCAGAUUUGGUGAUGAUAGAUACAUGCAUGAAAGAGUGCAAGAGAGUUCAUCUGCAAUGGUGAUGGGAGAACCAUCUACCGGAAGUUUUAAAGGAAACAUAAAUGUUUCAAAUGGUCAAGUAACCAUCUCAUCUGACCAAUUGCAUUCUCUUCUAGCAAUGGCAGAAAAAUUCAAAAAUGAAAGUUUACCAAAGGCAAUUGCAGCAACACCUACUGAUCCAAUUUCAAAUUGUGCAGGAAAACUCAAAAGCAUUGAUGAAAUCUUUGAGGAAGAUUGGCAAUCAGAAUGAACAAGUGGAGGGAUCAUACCACUUAAGGGAAGAAAAAUGUUUUGAGCAAAAGGUGUUUUCAGUCAACCAAGCUAACGAAGCAAGUGUUUCUAGUCAUAUUUGGCACUAUAGACUAGGACAUUUAUCUCAUGAGAGACUUUGUUUAAUUAAGCUUGGAUCUCCGAUUGUUUCUUGUAAUAAAUUCUCUUAUUGCACUGUUUGUCAAAUGUCCAAACAAAAGAGAUCUCGUUUUCCAUCUAAAUGUACUUCCAAUUGUUCUUCUAGUAAAAAUACUUCUAUUA